AUGGACGUAGCACUCCCCUGUCCGUCUCUGGGCAAAGUAUCUGGCAUCGAGUUCUGGGCGUCGACAUGGACGAAAGAACCCGACGGGAAGACAUCGACCACGGCCUCCAAGUGGCCGUCGCCCUCGCCGUUGACACUUUCUGGGGCUGAUUGUGGCUCCGAAUUCCAAGACACCGGCGCAACGGAGUAA